CUGCCUCACUGUAGUCCUCUGCAGGUCGUUAAGUUCCCCACACUUAAGCUGCCUGUGAGCAGAAGAGCAAUGGCAACCAGUCAGAAGGACUUUGAGACUGCAGUGAAUCAAGUGAAACUCUUGCAGACAGACCCAGAAAAUGAACUAAAACUCUAUGCACUGUAUAAGCAGGCUACAGAAGGACCUUGUAAUAUGCCAAAACCAGGUAUGUUUGACUUGAUCAAUAAGGCCAAAUGGGACGCAUGGAGUGCUCUUGGCAGUCUCCCCAAGGAAAGGGCCAGGCAAAACUAUGUGGACUUGGUGUCCAAUUUGAGUACAUCUGAAUCCUCUAGCCAAGGGAAGCCUGGUACAGAUGGUAAACAGUCUGGACAUGAUGCUGUGGUGGUCACCUCAGAAGACGGCAUCACAAAGAUCAUGUUAAACCGUCCUGCCAAAAAAAAUUCAGUGACCACUCAGAUGUAUCACGAAAUUAUGCUUGCACUUGAAGCAGCAGGCAAGGAUGACUCAGCUAUGACAGUGUUAACAGGAAACGGUGAUUAUUACUGUAGUGGGAAUGAUCUGAACAACUUCACUGAUAUUCCCCCUGGUGGCAUAGAGGAAAAAGCCAAAAAUAGUGCCAUUUUACUGAGGAAAUUUGUAGAUUGUUUCAUAGAUUUCCCUAAGCCUCUGAUUGCAGUGGUAAAUGGCCCAGCUGUGGGAAUCUCCGUCACCAUUCUUGGGCUAUUUGAUAUAGUGUAUGCUACUGACAGGGCAACAUUUCAUACUCCUUUUACUCACUUGGGCAUAAGUCCAGAAGGAUGCUCAUCUUACAUUUUUCCGAAGAUAAUGGGCCCAGCCAAGGCAGCUGAGAUGCUCAUUUUUGGAAAGAAGUUAACUGCCAGAGAAGCAUGUGCUCAAGGACUUGUUACUGAAGUUUUUCCUGAUAGCACUUUUCAGAAAGAAGUUUGGACCAGGCUGAAAGCAUAUUCAAAACUUCCCCAAAAUGCUGUGAGAAUUUCAAAGCAGCUUAUCAGAAAUACAGAGAAAGAAAAGCUACAUGCUGUUAAUGCUGAAGAAUGUCUUGUCCUUCAGAGCAGAUGGCAGUCAGAUGAAUGUGUAAAUGCAGUCAGCAACUUCUUAUCUAGAAAACCAAAACUGUGA